AUGCCUGGAGCUACAACCAAAGCGACACUCAUCUCGCCCUCUGAACCAAACCGCGUGGUCUAUAUCAGCUCCCCCACGCUCCGAAGUCUGAAUGAAGCCAUGUCUAGCGGCAUGAACGGACCCCCAGACCAUAGUUGGGAUUCAAGCGACUAUGUCGCCCAGUUUCACGGCCCAGACAAGAGCGAGAUAUUUUCACGACCGUCCAAAUCCGAGAGGCACGGAAAGGUGAAAGAAGUAAACAAAACCCUCGCUGAACGGUUGGCGACGUUGGAAAAAGCGAGCAGGGAAGCUGAGGCGGAGCGCAAGAAGGAUAGGGAAAGCAUCAACCUCCUCAGACGGGAACACACCAAAGACAUGGAAGAAAAUGUCAAGCACCUUAAUGCCGAGGUCAAGAGGCUGGAGAUUGUAGAGGAGUAUGAGGCUGUGGUUUGCGUGCUUCGUGCGUGCAACGAUGAGAUGUUUGAAAAUACGAGAACGGAACAUAGAGACAUACUCAAAGCGGCUGGCUUAAACUGGAUUACCAAGCUGCUUUCAUAUUCUCCAGCAGGCGGUGCUGAUUCAGAUGUUAUCGAAGAUGCUGUCCAGGCGACACUUGGCCUUCUGACCUCGGAAGAACGUGCGUUGUGCCUGAGGCUGAAUGAACACCUCAGGAAUCACCGCCUUGAGAGACAUCGAACACAACACCCGAAGAUCAGCCCACUAACUGCAUUUUCGUGGUUAGACAAGAUCGUCCCCACCUUCCGAGAAACGUAUCUGCACCUCCUUGCGCGAAAACCCAAAAUUCUACACUCCCUACCAUCUGAUUCCCCGUCAGAUCGCCAUAUCUUCCCCGAGGACACCUUGAGCCAACUGGAUGCCACACGGGAACGAUUGCAGGUGGCCACGAAGCGGCUUGAGGAGUGGAAGGAGGUGUAA